AUGGAUGAUUGGAGGCUCUUGGACGAAUUACGGCAUUUGAUUUACUUAGGUAAUGGUCUUCAAGGGCGUGAGGAGGAUCUCAAUAGGUUGAUUUCGGUGGCAUCUAAGAGUAAUGAUAUGGAACUGAUAAAGUCGGUUUUAAUCCUAAAAGAAGACUCUGACAAUUUAAGUCCCAAACAAAAAUUGCUCUGGUUGACUUCUAAACUUCGUGAUAGACUUUAUCCCCCACUGGCUGUUGAUAUAGCGGGUCCCUUACCUUGGAACAAUGAUUUAAGUCUCUCGAAUACAAAUGUUCACUACUGUUAUGAAAGACAUUUGAAAGGUGACUUAGAAGUUUUGGGUCUUUCACAGUGUCGAGAUUUAGAAGAUUGCUCCUUUGUAGCUUCUUUGAUAAGCAUAAAGAAUCAAAGGGUUCCUUUCCCAAGAAUUAAACAAGUCAAUGAUCAUCUGUACCACGUCAAUUUGCAUUUUAACGGUUGUGACCGACGGCUUGUGUCUGUGGAUACUUCGAAAGUGCCCACAAAUGAUGAAGGCUACCAAUUGAGUCUCCUAAGUGACAAGAUAAUGGAUAAAAUUGUGGAGAUGGCUUACCUACAGGUUAAAUCUGGCUCUUAUGCUACGACUGGAUCAAAUACUGCGGUGGAUACAUUUUUGUUAACUGGUUACGUUCCAGAAGUGAAAUCUACAGACAAUAUCUCUUCAAUUCAAGAGGCCGUUAGCUGUUUCAAAACUGGUAGUUGUUUGUUAGCGCUAGGAACUGGUCAGCAAGCAACCAACCUUGAUGCGCCUCUUAUAAGAAACCACGAUUAUCCAGUGAUUGAUGUAGAUCUACGUCAGGGAAUAGCAGUUUUGCAGGAUCCCCUUGAUCCAUAUCUACAUCUACAAACAGCUUUAGAGGAUUUCAUUGAAAAUUACGAGCAGUUAUACGUCAAUUGGUGUACAGACAAGCUGUUUGCAUUUGAGAAAACUCUAGAGUUUUUUUACAAUUUUGCAAAAUGUGAUAAAUUUAAUACUGCAAUGAAUAAGCAAUUAUUUCUUCUGGAAAAUGGUUCAGACUCUGAGCAAGACGUCUGGUUACUAUUAGAGUCUCACUUGCAAUCGGAGAAAUCCAUAGCCUAUCUACAGGAAUUACCCAGAGAUGUUUUAUCUUCGGCGGGGGCGCCUCAUGAAGGAGCCUGUGACAUCGGGUUACAACUUUUAAAAUUGAAAUUGAGCCCUAGAUCGACCAAAAGAUUCUUUUGUCAUUCUUCUAAAAGCAAUGCAUUUACAAUCCACCUUUAUUCAAAUUCUUCUUCAGUAAACAUAGUCAGAUGGAGCGCGGACAAAUGUACCAAGAUUUUAGAAUGUAAAGCCAAUAAUUUAGAACAAUGCUACAUGGGAUCGCCAUUCUACUACAAAAAUCCCACUUUCCAAUUAGAAAUUGUUCAUUCUGAGGCUAGACAGUUUCCCCUAAACUUGCAGCUACUCUCGGAAAACUGUCAAGAUAUGGUGAAUCUUCAAUUAUACCAUCUGAAAGACCAUUCUUUGCAAAAGCCCAUUUUUGCAGAUCCCAACUAUACUCAGCAGAGGUACGACAAGUCUUUCGUUCUACUCUCGACCAAUGUUCCUUACAAAUUGGUGUGCUCUUCUUACUCCAACAAAUCAGAGCACUCUUAUAGAUUACAAGUAUCACCAAGUGAUGAUCAAUUAUUAUUGCCCCAUAUUCAGAUUAAACAAAUUUAUAUGCAAUUUGGUGGUCUGCCGUUCCAAUUGGAAAGGAAAAUACCUUGUACAAAGAACAAAGUACUAAUCCCGUUUGCUACAUCGACAAAUACUACCUGUUUCAUACGUGUGGUUCCCCCAACGUUCUCAUCAUUGAUGAGAAUGCGUUUGGCUGUCUGCGAUAAAUGUGGUAACCCCCUUCGCAGUGCACAAUUUUCCCAACCUCCAGCUCCAGGUGGUAUGGUAAUUGAUGACUGGAAAUCUACGGGACCAGCUCAAUAUAUCCUAGUAAUCGAUUUUGAUGGACCUGAAACAGAUUUGAGUUCAUCUCAUUUCACUAUGUGUAUCGGUUCCUCUAAGAAAAUCAUGAUCGACGGACGUUAUUGUUAA